AUGAAUCCAGGAGCACCUCAAAGUCCAGCCUGGUGGUGACUGAUAUUAACAGAUGAGCAUGGGACUGACAGCAAUGGAGCCUGACACUUCGCGGCCCAGAGACAGGGCUGAGACAGGGCCGCACUCAGCACUGGACUCUGGGGUCAGCCUGCAUGCCUAUGACAUCACAGUCGUGGUCAUCUACUUUGUCUUUGUCAUCAUUGUGGGCAUUUGGUCAUCAUUUCGUGCAAGCCGAGGGACCAUUGGAGGCUACUUCCUGGCAGGGAGGUCCAUGAGCUGGUGGCCAAUUGGAGCUUCUCUGAUGUCCAGCAAUGUGGGGAGUGGCUUAUUCAUCGGCCUGGCUGGGACAGGGGCUGCUGGAGGCCUUGCUGUGGGUGGCUUCGAGUGGAACGCAACCUGGCUUCUCCUGGCCCUUGGCUGGAUCUUCAUCCCUGUGUACAUAGCAGCCGGUGUGGUCACAAUGCCACAGUACCUGAAGAAGAGAUUCGGGGGCCAGAGGAUCCAGGUGUACAUGUCUGUUCUGUCUCUCAUCCUCUACAUCUUCACCAAGAUAUCGACUGACAUCUUCUCUGGAGCACUCUUCAUCCAGAUGGCCUUGGGUUGGAAUCUUUAUCUUUCCACGGUGAUCCUGCUGGUAGUGACAGCUGUCUACACCAUUGCAGGGGGCCUCACAGCUGUGAUCUACACAGAUGCUCUGCAGACAGUGAUCAUGGUGGGAGGAGCCCUGGUCCUCAUGUUUCUAGGCUUUCAAAAGGUGGGCUGGUACCCAGGCCUGGAGCAGCGCUACAUGCAGGCUAUCCCUAACGUCACAGUCCCCAACACCACUUGUCACCUCCCACGAUCUGAUGCCUUCCACAUGCUCCGGGACCCUGUGAGCGGGGACAUCCCAUGGCCAGGCCUCAUUUUUGGGCUCACGGUGCUGGCCACCUGGUGCUGGUGCACAGACCAGGUCAUUGUGCAGAGGUCUCUCUCUGCCAAGAGUCUGUCCCAUGCCAAGGGUGGCUCUGUGCUGGGGGGCUACUUGAAGAUCCUUCCCAUGUUCUUCAUCGUCAUGCCUGGCAUGAUCAGCCGGGCCCUGUACCCAGAUGAGGUAGGCUGUGUGGACCCUAACAUCUGCCAAAGGAUCUGUGGGGCCCGAGUGGGAUGCUCCAACAUCGCUUACCCCAAACUGGUCAUGGCUCUCAUGCCCAUUGGUCUGCGGGGCCUGAUGAUAGCCGUAAUCAUGGCCGCCCUCAUGAGCUCACUCACCUCCAUCUUCAACAGCAGCAGCACCCUGUUUGCCAUUGACAUCUGGCAACGCUUCCGCAGGAAGGCCACAGAGCAGGAGCUGAUGGUGGUGGGCAGGGUGUUUGUGGUAUUCCUGGUCAUCAUCAGCAUCCUUUGGAUCCCCAUCAUCCAAAGCUCCAACAGUGGGCAGCUCUUCGACUACAUCCAGUCUGUCACCAGCUACCUGGCACCACCCAUCACUGCCCUCUUCCUUCUGGCCAUCUUCUGCAAGAGGGUCACAGAACCUGGAGCCUUCUGGGGCCUCAUGUUUGGCCUGGGAGUGGGGCUUCUGCGCAUGAUCCUGGAGUUCUGCUACCCAGCCCCAGCCUGUGGGGAGGUGGACCGGAGGCCGGCAGUGCUCAAGGACUUUCACUACCUCUACUUUGCACUCCUCCUCUGUGGGCUCACUGCCAUUGUCAUCAUCACCAUCAGCCUCUGUACAACCCCCAUCACUGAGGAAAAGCUGGCUCGUCUAACAUGGUGGACACGCCAUCACCCCUUUUCUGAGCUGGAGAAGGAGGCCCAUGAGUGCACACCAGAGAGAUCACAGAGCUCAUCCAAGGAGGGUCCUGUAGAAGAUGGAGCACUGAAGAACCCCAGCCAGGACCAGGAGCAGCCCGGAGCCCCACACAGGUCCUGGGUGAAGCUGCUCUGGGGCUGGUUCUGUGGACUCUCUGGAGCCCCAGGGCAGGCUCUGAGCCAGAGAGAGAAGGCUGCACUGGAGCAGAAGCUGACCAGCAUCCAGGAGGAGCCGUUUUGGAGGAGCAUCUGCAACAUCAAUGCCAUCCUUUUGCUGACUAUCAAUGUUUUCCUUUGGGGCUAUUUUGCAUGAUGCCAAAACCUGGCUUAGCCUGGCUACAACAGAGACAGACUAAACACAGCCCAAG